AUUAUAGCAAUAAGCUUCUGCUGUCAUUUUGAAUUUAUGAAACCAUUUAUUGAGUGUACUUUCGAGAAACACCGAAUAAAGACUACAGAGAUUUGUGUUUUCUUUUCUUUUUCUUUAUUUUGUUUAUGAUUUCUCUUUCAUACAAGCGAUUAGGAUGAUGAUUAAUCCGUUUUCGCACGUCUUUAAGUGAUCGUCUGGUAAUUAGAAAUCCUUGCUAUAGCCCGAUACAAUAUUGUUUGAAGCUCGCAGUUCAGCCCAAACUCUGGGCCUCGAGUCUUGCGAAACGGCCCAGGGAGGGAAGGUUUAGGGCUUAAGGCGUUUAGCCUUUACUCUUCUGUGGUCAACCGAGAGAGAACCUCCGAGUUAGAGUUUCACGGCCGGGGUGUACGGACAUGGAGAAGCCUAUAGUGACCCUUGAUAAAGACACAACAUGCUCGUCGUGGAACUACUGUGGCCAGCGACUGGCCACUGGUUCUGUCGACGGCACGCUCUCCAUCUUCGACUCACGUGACCCUGCUUCUUCAUCCUUCACUUGCAGCUCCAGAACUAAGGUGUAUGACGGCGGCAUUAUAAAGGUGGUUUGGGUUCCACCUGAAUAUGGUGACGCGAUUGCUUGCAUUUGUAUUGAUGGUAGUUUGUUGUUGUGGGAAGAGGUUGUAGAAGACGCACAACCUCUUCAGUGGAAGCUUUGCAAGAGCUUUAAAACCAAUUCAGCUCAACUGUUAGAUGUUCAAUUUGGAGUCUCCUCGACUAGUUUAAAAAUGGUUGCUGCAUACUCGGAUGGCCAUGUUAGAGUCUAUGAGCUCCCUGAUCCCUUGGAACUGAAAAAUUGGCAAUUGCAGGCCGAAUUUCAGAAUGUUAUUGAGUCAUUGGCUACAUUUGCUAGAGCUUCUUGCUUGUCGGCUUCAAUUUCUUGGAAUCCACUAAAGGGUGAAAACCAGGAAUCAAGCUUUGUUCUAGGUUUCAACUCAAAUACGCCGCAACUCAAUUCCUCCAAGGUGUGGGAAUUUGAUCAGGCUCAUAAUAGAUGGUUACCAGUAGCAGAGUUGGCUUCACCUGAGGAUAAAGGUGAUCCAGUUUAUGCUGUUGCUUGGGCACCAAACAUUGGCCGGCCAUAUGAGGUGAUAGCUGUUUCCACUCAGAAGGGCAUUGCAAUAUGGCAUGUUGGACUAAACCCUGAUUUGGGUGGAAGGCUCUCAGUAGCAAAGGUUGCAUCUCUCGAAGGCCAUGGAGGCGAGGUGUGGCAGAUGGAAUGGGAUAUGAGUGGAAUGACCUUGGCAACUACAGGAAGUGAUGGGAUGGUAAGGUUGUGGCAGUCUAACUUGAAUGGUGUAUGGCAUGAGCAGGCUACCCUUGUGCCCACUUCUUAGCAUGGAGUUUUGUUUCCCCUUUGCGUGUUUAUCUUGUCUGAAUAUUUCACUUAAUUUAAAGCAAUUUCUCUUAUUCCUUAGGAUUGAUUGAGGACUGAGUGUAAAAACCUUUUGAGGUUGAAGAUAUUGGGAAGAUGUGUAAACUUAAUAACUUUUAUUCAUUGCAGACCGAUGUAUACUUAAUUUAGCAAUCUCAAGUGUUGAGCUUACUAAUUGGAAAAAUAUAUAUUUGCUCAAAUCAGCCCAUCAUGGA